AAUGGCACAGCUGCAGAAAGAGGGAGAAAAGCAUUAUCAAGGCUGAAAACAGGGGAUUUGUAGGAAAUCCCACGGCAAGUCUUUGGAAAAUCAAGGAAAACCUAAAAAGCUAAAAGUAGCUGAAAGAUAGAAUGCGUGUGGCUGCUGGUGGUGCUCCAGCAGUGGGAUCAGAGCCCCGGAACCAGAGAUGCUAUUAUCAGAGCUUAAAUUCCUUCCACGAGGAAGUGGCCAUGAGAGCCCUCCAGCGCCUGGAGACACGCUCACUAUUCCUGAACGGGGCCAAAGUGUUUCAUAACCCAGAGAACAAAGCAGCACGUGGGGCGGCGUCACAGCCAGGACAGGCAGUGCCAGACCCACAGCGUUUCAGGGGCAGGGGCACUGCAGGGUCAGAGUUUCCCCUUGGAAACAGACAGCGUUUCUGAGGCUAAAACACUGUCAGUAAAUGAUUUUCCUACUCUUUACCCCGGGCAGCCCAGUGGGUGUGCAGCUCCAUCUGGACGCAGGCAAUGCACCCAUCCCUCUGCAUCCCUUAAUGCUAAGCAGAAUGAGCUCUGUGCUUGGCUUUCCCACUGCUGAUUAGCCUGUGUGACCCCUCUGCCCUAAUGCAUGAGGUUAUAUAUAACCUCCUGUGGAUUAUUCCAAGCAGUGUCUCCCUGUCCACUCAACUGUGAUAAAAUUCCUUUGUCUUUCUGGCUUUUAAGCAAAUUCCUGCAGCACGAGAUGCUUUCCUGACAGCAGGGACUAUCUCACCCCUUUCCCUUGACACUGAUUUAUUCCCUCUGCAACAUCUUUCCCAUCAGCCCGUCACUUGUUGCAGUUUCAGUGCCCGUUGCCCCAGACAGAGCAGUGACAGUGAGCUCAGACUCCACACUUUUUGUACUUAAGCAAAAAGAACAGAUGAUCUCCUCUCAGAUUAAUACCUCAAAGGAGAGGCAGCCCCUGACAUCACCCGGUGUGCAUGCAGUGAUUCAUCUGAAUAAGGUCUGCGUGGCAUCCUCGCUCCUGGCGGAGACGUCAAAAAGCAACAAGAGAUCAUCAGAUCACGAGCAGCAGGAAAAGCAGUGCCAUGGUGGGAUGGAGCUGAGGAAAGUGUGAGUAUGUGACCCUGAAUUUCUACACGGAGCAGAUCUGGAGUGCCUCAAGAGCAGGGAGCUGCUUGUGGGAUGGGAUGUAGGACAAAGGGAUGGAGUGCAGCAGUGUGGUGGAUGCAGCAUUCGUAUUUCUUUUUUUUGCAGAGGAACUGGAGCUUUUUGGUCAAUAAACCCACAGUGAGAUGUGGUGUUUGCAUAGAGUCUGUGCCCAUGGUGAGGGAUGGGACAGUGGGGCAAACACCAGGAAUACUUCGGGGUGAAGCAUCACUGCAUUGGGGGUGGAUGUUGUGGAGUCCCCUGGUGUCAUUGGGGUGCAGGAGGAAGGAAGGUGGAGGCAGGAUGAGGAAGGUGUCCCUAUCUCCCAGCCUCCCCCUCUCCAGAUGUUCCUGUCUCCAGAUAUCCCCAUCUCCAGGCGUACUCAUCACCCGCUGUCCCCAUCCCAGCGUCCCCAUCUCCAAAUGUCCCCACCUCCCUGUGUCCCCAGUUCUGGUGCCGCGAUCCCCAGCCCCUCUCUUCACUUUCACUCUCGCAUUUCCCUCUACUCACUUCCGGACCGGGACACGGCGAUACCCGGUAACGGGGCGAGGCGAUGCGAUGCCUGGGGCGGUGCCGGUGCCCGGGGCGGAGGCUACGGGGCAAGGCGGAGCCGUCGUUCAGCGCAUUCGGUGCCCCCCAUGGGAGACAACGGAUGCCCAUGGCUCUGGGGCCGGACUUGCUGCUGGUCGCCGGUUCUUUCGCCGCUUUCCGCUUGUUGAACCGCGGGGUGGAGCGGCUGAUGCCCCCGCCGCCCUCGGCUCGGCGGAACCGCUGGAAGUGGCGGAACAUCUGGACGUCGCUGGCACACAGCGUGCUGAGCGGCGGCGGGGCGCUGGCGGGGUUCUGUCUCUACCCUGGGCUGCACGAGGAUCUGGUGGGCACACACCCACCCGGGGCACACAGCCUGGUGGCCAUGUCUGUAGGUUAUUUCCUAGAAGACUUUGUGGACAUGCUAUGCAAUCAGAAACUCCACCAGUCCUGGGAGCUGCUCUUCCAUCACUCCGUGGUGAUUGUCUGCUUUGGCAUUGCAGUGCUGCUCCAUCAGUACGUGGGUUUUGCCCUCGUGGCCUUACUGGUGGAGAUCAACUCCAUCUUCCUCCACCUACGCCAAAUCCUGCUCAUGGCCGACCUGGUGCACACCGCCUGCUACCGCCUCAACAGCAUCAUCAACCUGGGCACCUACGUGGUGUUCCGCAUUGCCACGCUGGCCUGGAUGACACAUUGGCUGUUCCUCAACCGGCAGCAUGUGCCCCUGGCCACAUACACUGUGGGCACAGUUGGCAUGGCAAUCAUGACCCCCAUGAACAUCAUCCUCUUCUAUCGCCUGCUACGUAGUGAUUUCUUCAAGUCCAGCCGGGAUACGCGCAGGGAGAAGGAGAAAUAGCAUGGAGCAGCUAUGAGCUCAUGGAGGAGGACAGCAAAGAGCUGGUGGGGAAUAAGAAUGGCUAUUUCAGUGUUGCUUGGACUUAAGGUUGUGGAUCCUGGGCAGAGAAGGUGCUGGUGGACCAGGCACUGGGGCUCUGCUCUCCAGCACCUUUGGAUGAUGUGGUCGAACAACCAGGAGCUGCUCAGAGAAGCUCUGAAGGCUCUAACAGCCCUGAGACACCACUGAGAAGGGAGCAGGGAGAAGAGCAUUGUUUCCCCAUUGCUUUUCUGGAUAUGCAAACACCACUGUGAGUUUCUAACCUCUUAGGUGCUGCACCCUGCAGGGUCCUAUUGCCUAAGGGACUCUGUGCUACCUCCAGCACUUCCCAUAGGAAAGCACCAGGCAAGAGAAGCUCCAAGGCUUUGCCCUUGAGGCCAGGGCUGGUAAAAGCCAAAUCCUGCACCCAUCCCUGAUGAGAUUGUGCCAGGUGAGAGAUGAAGGCUUGGACUUGUCCUUGUCAGAUGCUGCUGGCACUGGACUAGGGACAGUGGGAGCCAUAAUGCCAUACUUGGGGACUGCUGCUAACUUCAGACAACUGGAGAUAUUCUAGUGUUGUUUUCUUCCCAGAUCUAUUAAGUCCCCAUAAAUGAGUGUGGGAAUGCGUGAGCUGCAGACCAGGAUGGUGUGUGAUAGUUGUUUCCCGUGGAUGAGAUGUUUUCAGAUGGGCCAGAUAUGGGCAUCUAUGAGGAACCAGAAGUCCUGCUGCAGAGCCUGGUGUAAUGCUCUCAAGCAGCAGCAAGAGCUCUUACUAACACAGGCUUUCAAUAAAUAGCAAAUGAAAGA